UCGCCAUACUCUAACACUUAUUUAGCCGGAUUAGAGGGAGCGCGCAAAAACGCACGCGGCGUUGUAUAAAAAUGGCGAAAGUAUUUCGCGCGGUGACAGUAUCGACUUUGUCAAACAAUGGACAGUCGACGUUAAAAUAUGAAAAACCAGUUACUCUCAACAUCAAUUACGAUCCUCAAGGACUAAGCGUCGAAUUAAUACCAGGGGAUCACGGUAGCAGAGAAAGAAGUUCUUUACUAGAAUUUCCAGUAACCCAUAGUACAGAAUGUUCGCGCGUAGCAUCACGGGGAUAUGUCUUCACGUUGGAUGCGGAGAGUCUUUUACUCACGUUUACAAACGAAACAGACAUUCGCAACUUCCAUUCUCAAAUAUUAAAGCUAAAAAAUGGAAAGGGUGUGUCGGCAUUCAACGAAAGAACAGAAGAGUCUUCGGCAAUGCAGUAUUUUCAAUUUUACGGAUACCUAUCGCAGCAGCAAAAUAUGAUGCAGGAUUAUAUAAGGACAAGUACAUACCAGCGUGCGAUACUUGGAAACAUAUCAGACUUCAAGGACAAAAUAGUUUUGGACGUUGGAGCAGGUUCGGGAAUCCUAUCUUUCUUUGCCGUUCAAGCCGGGGCAAAAAAAGUUUACGCAGUUGAGGCGAGCAAUAUGGCAAAUCAUGCCGAGCUCCUCGUGGCGGCAAACAAUUUGUCGGACAGAAUUAUCGUGAUAGCUGGCAAAAUAGAGGAAAUUGAUUUACCUGAACGCGUAGACUGUAUUGUUAGCGAACCAAUGGGUUACAUGCUAUACAACGAAAGAAUGCUCGAGACUUACCUACAUGCCAAGAAGUGGCUUGCUCCAGGAGGACGAAUGUUCCCAUCGAGAGGCGAUCUCCACGUAGCACCGUUCUCAGAUGAAAAUCUCUAUAUGGAGCAAUUUAAUAAAGCAAACUUUUGGUACCAGACAUGUUUCCAUGGCGUCGAUUUGUCUGCAAUGAGAAAUAAUGCCAUAAAGGAAUACUUCAGGCAACCCAUCGUCGAUACUUUUGACAUACGUAUAUGUAUGGCAAAGUCAGUUAGACACGUAGUAGAUUUCCAGACAGCACAUGAGACUGAUUUACACAAAAUAGAAAUAGACGUUGACUUUCACAUAUUAGAGAGUGGCACCUGCCACGGUCUUGCCUUUUGGUUUGACGUAGCUUUUAUUGGUUCAACUCAGCAAGUCUGGUUAAGUACCGCACCAACGGAGCCAUUGACUCAUUGGUACCAGGUUCGGUGCCUCCUUGAAAAUCCCCUCUUCUGUAAGAGCGGUCAGCUACUUUCCGGCAAGGUUAUACUCAUUGCCAACAAAAGACAAUCUUACGACGUAACGAUAGAACUAAAAUUAGAGGGAACUAACAUGGAGACGAGCAGCAAUACUCUAGACUUGAAGAACCCGUACUUCAGGUAUACGGGGGCAGCGGCCCAGCCGCCACCAGGUCUCAACAAUACUUCUCCAAGCGAAGCUUAUUGGACAAAUCUUGAUGCUCAAGGGGCGAGGCAGGCCGUCAACAUGGUCAAUGGAAUGUCCGUUAACGGCCUGGGAGAGGUGUCAAUGGACACGAACUCAGCGGUCAAUCAGAAUAAUUUAUUAGCGAUAGGAGGUCAACCUAACAUUCAUCCUGGUUCGAUAUCGAGUACGGGUCGAGGGAGAGUUGGGGGAACAGCGACGAGCACACAAGCGGCACAGCUAAUAGGUGGUGGAAUUACACCAAACAUGUUUACCUCGCCGGCCACACUUGGUGUUACUUUCCAGCAAUCGCUGGUCCUCGGCAACACUUCUCACUACCCAGUCAACCCAAGUCUGAUGAUUGGGGAUUACGUUACGCCUGGUAACGGAAUGUCGCCUCAACCGUACCGGCAAUGAUCUAUAGCGAAGCCUCCACGCUCACCGUAUUCCAGAAAGAUAAAACAGCUGUACAAAACUAGCCAUAACUAUAACUACGGUAACGGAAACGGAACGAAAAAUGCGAUUAGCAUCAACGUGCAGAAACAACAAAGCCGGAGGCUCGUAUUUAGCUCGCCGACAAGUAAACCUCGACUUUCCUCCGCGCUAAGGAUCGUGAGGACGUUCAAUAUCUCCGCUCAACAAGACUCUGACACUGUGAAUCGUGGCGAACAAUAUCGUUACAACUAUUUCGAGAAAGAAUUUCAUUUCGGCCUCGGAUCAGGCUUGGGUUUUCACAGAAACAAGACGCUCCUCGAAGCUCGUUGGAGAAGAUUACGAGCGAUACUUUCGUAGCCAACAUUCUAAGGUUUUAAACUGUUCUUCUAGUUUUUAUAAUUUUACGUUAUUUUAACCCACUUCAAAACACUUCGAUCCGGUCGAAAAGAAAUUUAUCAAAUUAUACAUACUUAAUUAUCUCCUAAAUUAUAAACCAAUCUUAUCACGCGAAUCACGUAAUGGUGUUUCGAGAAAAUAAAAGAGACGUUAUUUGCCAAAAUACCGUGAGUAGAUAACAAUAUUUUUAAAUGACAAUAUAUUUAAACCGAGAAGAGUUUAAUGAAGGUGGAAAGAAAAACUAAUAAUUAUCAAAUAAAUUACUUAAAAAUCAUUCAACCACCAUCGCAACGUUCUCCGAUAGUUGUAUCGCCUAUUAAUGUAGAUCUUCUUCGUUUUUCUACUCCUUUUCCUUUUGUGUGCUCGAAUGAAGUCCAAAUUCUAUGAAUACUUACAAUUAGAAUUAUUUUAUAUUACUAUAAUUAGAAGAUACUUCAGCUAGCUAUAAUAUUUUUUAUCAUCACCUAUUACUAUAUGAUUAUGACUAAUAUUAAUAUUAUUAAUAUCACCAUCGCCAUCAUUAUGAUAUUUUAAAAUCGAUACUUAAACAAACAAAAAAAAAAAAAAAAAGAAGAAGAAGAAAGAAAAUAAAAUAAAAAAAACAAACAUAUAUAUAUGCACAGAGCAAUAAUUGAUCAAACGUCGUCGGUGUGUUUAUUAAUCAACGUAAUAAAUAUGUAUAGUAAGUGUUUUUAGAUUAUUUUUAUUUUAUUUUUUAUUUAAUAUAAUAAUCAAUAACAAUUCGAUCUGCUCCGAUAAAAAAUAAGCAGAUAACACUGUAACUGAUAAAGCUUAUAUACCGCCAUGAGAA